GACGUGGGCAUAUUGGAUGGUGUGGUGGCGGCAUCUAUUUUGCCUUGAGCGCCGGGGCCACUUACCACAAAGCUGUUGGAGUGAACUCGGCCCAUGGCUUCAUCAUUGAAGCAAAAGUCGACCUCGGCCGCACCAAGCACAUGCCCGCCCAGUGCACUUCCUCUCGAAGAUGCUGGGGCAUCCCACUCCAGAAUGCCAUCCGCUGCAUCGACCAUUCCUACCAGGGAGGCCAUUUCCAGGGGCAAGGAUAUAACUCGAUCUAUUUCAACCCCGGCGAUGGCGGAGAGUACGUGAUCUGGGAUCCCCGCCGGGUGAUUUCAAUGCGACAAGUUCGCUAA